AUGAUGAGCCGAUCAAUCUGGACCCUGGCAAUCCUGUUGAUGCUAGUGGUCUCUCCAGCCUUGGGCAAGUUUGUUUGUGCAGCAGACAAUGGCGUGGAUGAGAACCCCGGCACAUAUGCAACGCCGAUUGGCAACCUGACUCAUGAUCAAUGGCUGGAAAAACGACGUGAGGUCAUUGCUGCGCUUUUUGGCAACAACGGCACGCUGCCAACAGCAAGCGACCCUGUUUUGGUCGAAUCCGUACCUGGCCCUCAGGCUGCGGGCUGUCUGUGCUCAACGCUAGGCCAUUGCGAAGCCAGCGAGUGUGUAUGGGGCAACAACAUGACCAAGCUCGUCUGGUCCAUCUCCGCCUCGACAACGGACGGCUAUACGCUCACGCUCAACUCAACCGUCUUCUACACGCUCAACACUAGUGGAGUCGCCCCACUGGCCUACCCUCCCUAUGGUCCGCCAGAGAUGCCGGGUGGUUCCGCGGCCAACAGCCAGCCUGCUACGGGACGGGGCAAAACGCUCGUGCUCUUCCACAAUGGCCACUCACAGCCGUGUACCAACGACGAGCAAGGCUGCGUACCAGACUUUGAUGGCUCUGUUGACUGGUUGAACCAGCUCGGUUACGACGUCAUGAGCUUUCAAAUGCCUUUGUUCCAAUGCAAUGCCGUUCCAAACGUACCGUGCCAGCACGCUUGGUUCCAGCAGUACGCAGAUCGCGGCAUGCCGACCAUGCGCUUCUUUGUCGAACCAGUUGUGCGAGCCAUCAACUACGCACGAGACGUGCUCAAGUAUGAGCGAAUCGCCAUGAUGGGCCUCUCUGGUGGUGGCUUUACCACCACGGUCCUGGGCGCCAUCGACCCCCGUAUUCAACUCUCGAUUCCAGUCGCAGGAUCGAUCCCGUGCGAUUUCAAUCACUCAAGCUGGGACUUUGAGCAAUACUGCGACGACCCAUGGGCCAUGGUGCUCAACUACACGGGUUUGUAUGUAUUGGCUGGCUUGGAGGAAGGCCGCACCUCAGUGCAGGUGUUGCAUGAACAGGUUCGUUGA